CCCGCCUCUGUUCAGAGCGUGCUGGCGCCCGCUUGACGUUGCAGUGCUGGCAGAUAGCUAACUUAACAUCAGUGUGCGGAGCUGUUGCCUUAAGGCCCACUAUACGCGAGGCUCGAGUUAAGAUCCUUUAACACGCCUGUUAAUUACUCUUUGCGUUGUGUCUCCCAGUUCCGUCGUCGUCAUGACCAGUCAGUUGCGCAGGAUGAGCUAUUGCAGGUCCUCCGAGGAGGUGAUGAAUUCGGCAAAGAGUUGGAUGCAGAAAGAAGCGAGCUGCAGCAGCCGGCAGCAGCCUCUUUUCUGCUGGGCCGAAGCGUGGCCCCCGCGCGGCUGCUACCGGGACUCCGUACGAUCGUCGCUCCACGACGAGGAGAUGGUGGGCCUCCGCUGCGAGUGGGAGCGUAAGACGGACAAGAAGUUCCACCAGAACCAGCUUCGCAUACAGCAGGAGCGCCAGCAGGAGCUGGCUGACAAGCAGCUGCACGACAGAAGGCACAGGCUGAUGCAAGUGCUGGAGAGUGAGAAGAAAACGCUCGAACGAAAGCUGACUGCCCUAAACUUGGCCGAGAAAUCAACUAGGCGUCAGCAGCGCAGCAAUCCUGAAGAUCAAUUUUCACAGCUCUCCAAAACAAACGGAACAAAUCAAUAAACUGGAAGAGAGCCCAUUUUUUGCCCUUUA